UUUAAGGUAUUAUAACUAUGAAUUCUGUGGCUGAAAACAUUGACUCUCUUGGCAAACAUUUACUUGGUUCUACACUGCUUGGCCCACAUCUGGUCCAGCCUGUUAUUACCGUUGCAGAGUGUAAACGCCGUUUGAGGACAUGUGCAUAUAACAGUCUUUAUCGAUAUCAACCAGGGCCGCAUAGUGCAACCAAAAUAGUGCGCAACGAAGGGGAAUUUAGUGUCUAUGAGAACUUGCUGGUGAAUGUUUACAAAUUGAGGGAAAGACGAUUGUAUGAUGGCGCUAGCCGACUGGAGGAGCUUGUUGAAAAGCUUGCUGCAAAAGAUGAAGAUCUUAGUACAGAAACAAAAGCUGUUUUACAAUUACUCUUGUUGUUGGCUGGUAGUGAAGAAACAGUGACAGAAGUACCUAUUGGCCACAAACCUCUUAGGUUACCAAUUUCUACGCAUGUAAACAAGAACAAGGUGAGGUUGCCAGGUGGACCUGUCUUUCAUGGAGAUUCUUGUCAGUUGCAUGAUAUUCAGCUUAAUGGCUAUCCACACUAUGCUAGGGAACUUUUUGAAUGCCCAGGAAACAGAGCCGAUAGAAUGGGCCAACAACAUAAUCUGGAUACAUCGGUUUUUCAAUUGGAACCCGGAAGAAAUCUACACGGCCAUGACCUCUUCCUUGUCAAGGUGUCUGAUGGGUCUGCUGAAGAAGUGGAGAGGAGCAGUAUUUUAUACCAUGGGCUGGUUCACAGCAGAACAAGUGACUUGAAUGUUAAACUCAGCUUACCUAGGCUACCAGAUCCCUCUCACACUAGCCUGCUCGGGCUUAAAGUACCAGUUUAUAAUGAGGUUGCUGAUGAUGAAGGCUUCAACGAGUCCAUGAGUAGUGACAUGGCAUCCUCUACACCAGAAAAUGUGGAUAAGAAGAUCAACCUAUGGGAAGCUGCAAUUACACAUAAACUGCAUACAAAAUACACAUGGGAAACAAUUGGAAGCAGUCCGUCUUGCUUGGAUCAGCAGAUCUUCUCGUGCCUUCUCCAACCUAGCUUCCUGAACAAAAACCAAAAGUAUAGUAACAAUGUGAAUGACAUUUCUAUUGUUCAUAUUAAAUAUAUUACACAAAUCUCAGUCCUAUUCGCUGUAUAAAACUGUACAAUAUUUGAGUACAUAGCACAUAGCACUCAAAUGUCUGAUCAGAGCAAAAAAUGUCUUAUCAGACUUUUACUAUACAAUAUUUGAGUACAUAGCACUCAAAUGUCUGAUCAGAGCAAAAAAUGUCUUAUCAGACUUUUAUCAAACUUUUGUACAAUGUUAAGAGCUUGUUUCCUAAAACUUCCCUCCUUAAGCACUAAGACAUUAAACACUCCAAAAUGAUCAGCUCUGUAAAUUACAAUUCACAACCCACCCACAUCAUAUCUUUUCCUCCUUCGACACAGUGUUGCGUUGGGCUAUGUUGUGCAUUCGCUCCGUGUAAACAUGCGUCUCCUUAUCAAUGCGUUCUAACUCUUCCAGAGAGAAUGUCAGAGUUAGUUGCGGAAUUGGCACAUGAUUGUUGCAUAAAAAAUGCUAUAAAGAAAACACAUUGAGUAACAUAACAUUAUGCAGUAUACACUAUCACAUAUCAAAAACCAGCAAAACUUUACAAUGAUGGGCCAUCUACUGGAAUCGACUUAAUUGCCCAAGUUAUGAGUAAAGGUAUUACAGCUUCUCUGUA